AUGAGUGAGGCUAAUACUGUCACCAAUGGCCACCAUCGCCGGCCUGUUCGCAUCGCCAAUUGCAGCGGUGCAGCAUCGGACCCAGGCUUCCAGAGGUAUAGACAGGCCACCGCCGGGCCCAUAGAUGCUAUUACGGGUGACUACCUGGCAGAGAUGAAUCUAGCACAAAAUUCCCAGGCGUACCGUGCUGGCACCCAUUCAGGCUGGGAGCCCACCGCCGAAGACGGUCUGAUGCAGACCCUCUCCAUAAUUGCGGAUAAACGAAUCAAGGUUGUGAUCAAUGGGGGCGCACUCAAUCCUGGCGGCCUGGCCAAGAAUGUAGCCCGCGAGGCUGAAGCUAAAGAUUUGAAUCUGAAGAUCGCCUUUGUCGAGGGGGACGACUUUUACGACCGCGUGGAUGAGAUUCUCAGCCCGGCAUACCACCUCCAACACUUGGAUUCCGAGAAUUCGCACCUCUCUUUGGACAGCCAUACGGACAUUCUUAGACGAAAGAAGAGUAUUGUAUGCGCGAACGCCUAUCUGGGGGCGCGCGGAAUCAUCAAGGCGCUCGAGCAUGGCGCAGACAUUGUUAUUUGUGGCAGGGUCGCCGACGCAUCACCGGUCAUCGGCAUAGCAGCUUGGUGGCAUGGCUGGUCUUUGACAGAUUUUGACCUCCUGGCUUCGGCUCUCAUCGCUGGCCAUUUCAUCGAAUGCUCUGCUUAUCUGACGGGUGGGAACUUCUGCGAUUUUGAGAGAUACCCUCUGCAAGACUUGAUUGACGUUGGAUUGGGGAUUGUUGAGGUAUUCGGGGAUGGCACUCUAAUCCUCACCAAGCAUGAAAGCCUGAAAGGCAUCGUGAACGUGGACACGGCCACCAGCCAGCUCCUCUACGAACUGCAGGGCCUCCACUACCUCAACAGUGAUGUUAUUGCGGAUCUGACAGGGAUAGAAAUCCUGCCAGCUGGAGACAAUCGUGUGCUUGUAAGAGGGGUGACGGGCCUCCCGCCACCCUCAACUACGAAACUUGCCAUCUUCUACGUCGGAGGAUACCAGAUCGAGAUGACGGUGAAUGCCACCGGCAGUAAUGCUUUGGCAAAGUACAAUUUGAUGAGGGCACAGUUGGACUACGGCAUGAAAGCCCGGGGUAUUGACAAGAAGUUGGAAACUUAUGAAUUCCAAGUGUAUGCGCUCCCAGAACAGGACGCCGACACACAAGAAAGAGGCACAUCAUACUGCAGGAUAUUUCUACAGGCGCCGGAUCCAGUGAUCCUGAAAGAAUUCUCUUUGGUUUUUCGGUGGUUUGCGAUGCAGCACUUCCAUGGUAUGCACUGCACCAGUAACAUACGAAAUCUCUCUCCUCCGCCGAAGGAGUUCCUUGUCUACUUCCCCGCCCUAGUACCGCAGACCGACAUCAAAGAGCAAGCAUUAUUCGUUGAUAGCAAAGGCAACAUCGUGAACAAGUAUGCAGCAGAGCCACUAGAGCAAACAAGUGUACUUGGACCCCGACCGAGUCACGAAACAGCGAACAGUAUUGAGCUGGCAUCAUUCGGAGAGACUGUCCGGACUUCCCUGGACGCUGUGGUCCUGGGUCGAUCCGGAGACAAAGGAGGAAAUGUCAAUCUUGGUUUAUUUGUCCGUGAGAGGGACGAGUACGACUGGCUCUGCUCGUUCAUGACCAUAAAGCGCCUCGAGCAACUCAUCGGUCAAGACUGGCGUCCUGAGUACUGGAUCGAGCGUGUGGAGAUGCCCAAGAUCAGGGCCGUCCACUUUGUUGUCUAUGGUAUCCUCGGGUGUGGGGUCAGUUCAUCUUCCAGGCUGGACUGUCUUGGGAAAGGUUUUGUUGACUGGAUCAGAGCGCGGCAUGUAGACAUGCCUUGCCGUUUUGUCCACCGUUACCAGAAUCCAGGUAGUAGCCGUGGACAAAACGGCAUCCUCCCAGCCUAG